UCUUGGAGAAGUCUCCAGUCCUGCUGGAGAGAGAGAAGCUGCUCCCGACUGAACAUUUGCUCCGUGGUACUGUGAGGGGGAAGGAAUAAUAAACUGCUGUGCCAUUCAUCUCUCUGCGGGGCGAGUAAAGGGCGCACACUCUUCAUUUCCAGCAAAGUCCUGCCAUGCUGGACGACCGGGCUUGAGACAGAAAGGAUAAAGUCCCCAACAAGUCGCGGUGAACACCAGCCUUUACCCUUUAAGCCAUGGGAGUGCUCAUGUCAAAGAAGCAGCAGGUGGAGAAGGUGCAGAAAUGCACCGCCGUCGUCUCCGCCUUCCAGGCUGGACUUAAGGAUCGCCCUCCUCCAGCCAAACAGGCAGACGGAGAAGCGGAGGAAGCUGACGGGCCUGCCAAAACUUCAGCCAACCCUGAGGAGAAGAAUACAGAGGAGUCGGAGAAAGAGGACACAGACAAUAGCGCAGGUCCGUCCACCUCCCAGCAGGCCUCAGCUCCAUCGAGGGACGAGUGUAAGGUCAACCAGGAGGCCUGGUCCAGGUUACGGGAUGGGAAGGGAGUGGAGCCCGAAGAUCUUGACAAGACCCAUCAGCUCACACCGCCUGCUUUUGUGCGGCCCAAAAGGGAAGCCGAUGACGACCAGCCUAUAGAGGUGGAGCUGGAAAAGAAAGAGCAGCCACCAAACGACGAGAUGUGUGACGUGUGUGAGGUGUGGACGGCCGACGACCUGUACCCCUGCAGGAUCUGCACGCGGGUGUUUCACGAUGGCUGCCUGAGGGAGCUGGGCUACCUGCGUGCCGAGGCCCUGCAGGAGAUGAGAGAUACAGCCCACACUGUUACCGGCUGGAGCUGCUACUAUUGUGAUAAUCUGAAUCUACUUCUAACAGAGGAAGAGAUGUACAGCCUCAUGGAGACCUUUAAGCAGUGUAAGAUCAUCCCAGAGUCAUGCCUGGUGUCAGAUGAGCUCCUGCAGUACCGCCACUUUGUAUCCAAGCAGCAGUUUGAUAAGGACCUGACUGAUGAGCAAGAAGAGGAGGUCCUGGCCCAGUUUGCGGCUCUGGAUCCUGAGAAGAAGGGUCACAUCGAGUGGUCGGACUUCCUGUACUUUGAGUCACUGGCAAUGUUAAGGAAGUUUCGCACAGAGAACUCAAUGAUGCGCCUGUUGACUGCCAAGGAGAGAGACAAAGCACGGUCAGUGUUCCUGGGUCUGGAUCUGGAUAAAGAUGGUAUGAUCACAAGAGCAGAAUGCCGCCAGGCCCAGCAGUCCUGGUUUCACAAUCUCAACAAAGACUCGCAGUCCUGUAAUGUGAGUAUAAGUCAAGUUGGCCCCAUAUGUGAGAGCAGUCCAGGCAGCUCUGACAGUGAAAGGAGCAAGACUGGUGAAAGCAGGUCAGUGACCUGGGCAGACUUUUUAAAGGAGAGUGCCAUCUAUGUUUUGGCUGCGCGUCCCAAUAGUUCUGCCAUGCACAUCCAUCUGCCUCUAUAGUCCAGGAUCCUCCACUGCACCCAAGCAGAGAGAGGGACAGGGAGAUAGAGGGUGUACCCUAUAAUAUACAGAUGAGCGGAGGAAGAUAGACGUGAUGACACGAUGACACGAGGAAGGCGACUGAGUGAACUGGAUGAAGCACUGAGAGACAGCAGAUCAGGCCAUUGAUGGAAUCUCUCCUCCUCUGCUUCACCUCAAUCCACUACACCGACAACACACAUGCCGAAUGACACAACGACGAUGCAAGUGACAGCAGCUGUCACUGGUCCCAACUCCAAAACCUGACGGCUUCCAACAACAAAUGCGAGAGAUAGGACGAGGAAGACAACCACCAACUCAUGACUAGUCAGUCAGUCAGUGAUAUUCCUGAGCCCUUGUAUGAAGAGAUCAUUCACAUGAGCAGACAAGCUCCUAGUGUGCUCGCACUCUGUUGUAAAUGACAGAUACUACACUCUAUGGCCAUCCAGCCUACAAAACACACCUCUUCAUGCAGGUACAUUAAUUUGACAGGCUGUUACUCUUUCAAGUAUCCAUUCCUCUGGGCCUCAUCAUGUCCUAAUAAUAACUCCAUCCUACUGUAAUGGGAUUGUGUUAUUCACCAACAAAAGUGUUAAUCGUUGUGCACAAAGGCCCAUGCAAAUUCAUUACUGGUACUGCUUGACAAAUGGAUACACUUCUGGGAGUAGAUUAACCCUGCAGUUGCCAUUAUCAGAACAUAUACCAAACAGAAAUGAUAGCUAUCCGCAUACAUAUUAUAUCAGAACUGCUAUAAAUACCAGUAUAAAUUAUUAUUAUGUAUUAAAAAUCCAUAUUUAUUCCUGUAUCCUCUGAUAUAUCUGUUUUUUCCCCAUUCUCAUCCAAGACUCUAUAUGUUCUCCUGAAGUACUACGUGUGAAAAAGAAUGUGAACGUUAAUGAAAGCUAAACCAGUAAGUGACUUGUAUAUACUGCCAUAUAGUACAUUUUGUUCCUGUUGUGCUCACAGAGCUGCACUUUGACAAGGUGGAGACAUCUGCCUUCCUGUUCCAGUGUCAUUAUUUGCACUGUGGGAAUGAGAUGUAGCUGGACCACUGUGUGAGAUAAUCAUGUCAUGAAAUACUGAGAGACAGUGGGAGAUCGGCUGCAAACAUUUGUCAUUUGUUAAAUUAAUUUGCAGAAGCACUGAUUAAAACUUGUUAUGGAAGAUGUGGUGGGAAUUCUAUGAUGUUACAAGUUAUACAACAAUUUAAAUGCACAUGAAACUGCCCCUAGAAUCACUGGAAAUAUACUGUAACAAAUAGAACUUCAUGUAGUGUUUAUGCCAUGAAUUAAGGUUAUCUGCCAUGUCCUUUUAGUGAAUAAAGUAUGGUUACGAUAUGAAUGUUGAUAGUCUGAGGGAUUUGUCACAGUGCUGAAAU